AUUGUUUAUGAACAGUCUUGUCUAUAAAUCUUUUUUCUUAGGAAAAAAUAAUCCACAUCAUGGAGCCAGAACACAUAAAAUCUUUCAUGGCUCUUGAAAACAUCUUCAAAAAGGGUGCACCAAUUUCUACCCUCACCCACAAUAGGGUGGUUCGCUGACCCUCGUCAACAUGUGUCACUUUAAAAAGAAACACCACUUGGGAAAGCUCAAUCCCUUCUGGUAGCUGGCAUAUUGGGACUGUGGACAGCAAUAACGAAAAUGGAGUGACAUAAGUCAAGGCUUCCCAAAAGGAGCUGGGAGGCCAUUAAGAAGAUGGGGCUUAUACAAGCACACCACGUCUCUACCCAGAUGAAAUGGGACUUUGAACUGGGCUUCACUGCUGUCAUCUUGACCUUCUUUGAAGAAAUAUGCCUACUCCCACAGAUAAGAACUUUCUGCCUUAAAGAUGGCCGUAGCAAGCAACCACAUAGAGCCGAGAAGUGACAGUUGUGACCAGCGCCCAUCACAAAUUUUGCAGAGCAACCUGUGUAAUUUAUCUUUUUGCCUUCAUAAACCCUUUCCCUUUGUCUUCCUUGGAGCACAUUUUGGGUUUCUGCCUGAAUCGGUGUCUCUCGAAUUGCAAUUCUAAUCACCCAAAUAAAUAUCUGCUGUCUAAAUGGUAGUGCUUUUUCUGCUGUGGAGGGAACCUUCCUUCUCUCUUCAUGUUUUAAAGAAUUAGAGUUCAGUAAUGUGAAUUUCCCCAAACUCCUUUACCCUCAGGUGCUUUUUGUGAGGGAGUGCGUGGGUGGAAGGAGACGUCUAGGAUGCAAGGUGCCUAAGGUCCUGAUAUUGUCACCAUAUCCCUGGAGAUCGCUCAACCCCGGAGCCCGUAAGACAGGUGAAGGGAAGUAAUCCAGCGCUGGCCCGUUCGUGGUAGUGGCUUUGGUUAAGAAGAGAUAAGUGGGAAGCAGGUGUCGCUGGAUCGGGGCCUUGGACAGGCAGUGCAUUGCCCAGAAGUGCCACACACAUACACACACACACUCGCAGCCCGCCCGCGGACGGCUCGCUUUGGCUGUUGAACCCGGCAGGGAGCAGGAGGAGCGCGCGCCGCCGGGCCGGGGUGGGCGGCAGCGCCCCCCGCGCACGCGGCGGGACCACGCGGAGGCGGGCGCAUCCCGGCGGCCCGCCCCGCCCCUGCGCUCCGGCCAAGUUUGGCGCGCGGUGUCCCUGGGCUCUCGGGUUACCUGAGCCGGCAGCCACGUCAGCGCCACAUCAUCUGGGCUUUUUAUAUUGCAAGGAAACAGGAAAAGAAGGAAGAAACAGCUCUCCGGAGGGAGCCAAUCGCAGGCGGCCGGCGCGGCCGGAGAGCGGGCGGCGAGCGAGCGCGGGCCGGGGGCGGGGCGGCGGGCCGGGCUGCGGCUGGGCCUCGGCGGCAGCGGCGGCAACGGCGGCGGGGGAAGAUGCUGCAGUCUCUGGCCGGCAGCUCGUGCGUGCGCCUGGUGGAGCGGCACCGCUCGGCCUGGUGCUUCGGCUUCCUGGUGCUCGGCUACCUGCUCUACCUGGUCUUCGGCGCCGUGGUCUUCUCCUCGGUGGAGCUGCCCUACGAGGACCUGCUGCGCCAGGAGCUGCGCAAGCUGAAGCGGCGCUUCUUGGAGGAGCACGAGUGUCUGUCGGAGCAGCAGCUCGAGCAGUUCCUGGGCCGGGUGCUGGAGGCCAGCAACUACGGCGUGUCGGUGCUCAGCAACGCCUCGGGCAACUGGAACUGGGACUUCACCUCGGCGCUCUUCUUCGCCAGCACCGUGCUCUCCACCACCGGUUAUGGCCACACAGUGCCCUUGUCAGACGGGGGCAAGGCCUUCUGCAUCAUCUACUCGGUCAUCGGCAUUCCUUUCACCCUCCUGUUCCUGACAGCAGUGGUCCAGCGUGUCACCAUCCACGUCACCCGAAGGCCUGUCCUCUACUUCCACGUCCGCUGGGGCUUCUCCAAGCAGAUGGUUGCCAUCGUUCACGCCGUUCUCCUCGGGUUUGUCACUGUGUCCUGCUUCUUCUUCAUUCCGGCAGCUGUGUUCUCCGUUCUGGAGGACGACUGGAACUUCCUCGAAUCCUUUUAUUUCUGUUUUAUUUCCCUGAGCACCAUUGGCCUGGGGGAUUAUGUUCCCGGAGAAGGCUACAAUCAAAAGUUCAGAGAGCUCUAUAAGAUUGGCAUCACAUGUUACCUGCUGCUUGGCCUUAUCGCCAUGUUGGUCGUUUUGGAAACCUUCUGUGAACUCCACGAGCUGAAAAAAUUCCGGAAAAUGUUCUACGUGAAGAAGGACAAGGAUGAGGACCAGGUGCACAUCAUCGAGCACGACCAGCUGUCCUUCUCCUCCAUCACAGACCAGGCAGCCAGCAUGAAAGAGGAGCAGAAGCAGCACGAGCCUUUCGUGGCCGCGCAGUCAUCUGCCUACCCCGACGGCUCUGUGGACCAUUAAGCUUAGGCCUCUGCUGCGUUGUCUUAGAGCACAGGGUCAGAGCAGUGCCCAAGAGCCUCCAUUUGUUCAUUUUUAUGAGAAUGUUAAAGCCAAGAUAUUUUAAUGAAUACUUACUCUUUGCAAUAUUUAAAAAAAAAACAACAAACAAGAGAUGGAACAAAGGAAGAUUUUACUGUGGAGGAUGGUUUACUAUCUGAGGAAGUGGGAAAUGUACCUAUAAUUCACAUGCAACAGAAUUGUCUAGACUUUGCUAAUAGUUGACGAAUACUUGAAGCAGUGUGCUGCUGUGGAGAGAAGCAGAUUUUAUACUUUUAAUUGGGGUCUUUGGGAUUUGCAUUUCAAUUUAGCUGAUGGCUAAAUAGCAACAUUUAUAUUUAAAAGCAAAAAAAAAGCAUAGAGAUGUGUUUUAUAAAUAAGUUUGUGUGUCCUGGUUUGCAUGUGCCCAUCCAAAAUCAUUAUUUUUGUAGAAUCUAAGUUAAACCUACUAUUUAUAAUGAAUAGGUACCAUUAACUGUGUACAUAUAAAGUAUAAAUAUGUUUAUAUCUUGUACAUAGGGUUUAGGUCCUCAGAUCCCAGUAUACUUCUUAAGCCAAGAUUGUAGAUAUUUUUUCUUCUGAUUUCUCUUUAUACUAAAGAAUCGAGAGUUGCUGCAAUAAAGUAAGGGGGAUAAUACACUUAGGAGUGAAUUACUAUAGUAUUCUGCGACAGUAGAUGUUUCUACCCUCUUGUAAUAAUAGUAUGAUUGCUGAUCUCUAAAAUGUUCAUAAGCAUUUCUCUGGAGGUAAACAGGUAAUGAAGAAUAUGGUUUGUAAAAAAAAGUUCAGAUAUUUUGUUUUGAAAGUACCUUGUAAUUUGCAGUCGCCUAGUACUAAAGCACAGAACACACACUCAGAAGCCCCAGAUGAACAGAUUCUGUCAAGUUAAUCUGAGAAGUUUUUAAUUAAUAAGCUGAAAUAAAUAAAAAAUCCUAGCUGGUUGCAAUCUUAUGCUUUAAUAUGUCAAGAAAAAUUUUCUUCCAUACAGAUAAUAUGUAUGCUCUCCUUUAUAGAAACCGUAAAGGCAACAUUUAAAUGAUGUACACAGGACACUCUUAAGAAUUCUAGAAGAGAAAAUUAGAGAGAGCCUGCGUGAUAACUAACUCCCUGACCGCUGGUGCGUCUCAUCCCCCCGGGGAGCUGCCCAGCAGCUGGUGCUUCAGGUGCUGGUAAAAAUCAGCGCAUAAAAUCCCGUCUUGUCUCAGAACAGCAAAACCACGAGAAGGAAUUACCUUGAUUCCAUAGCCCCCGUGCCACUCCAUAGCUCCUGGGAUGGGGAACUGUCGUCAGCAGAUCCUCCAACGUUUAGUUGCAAACGUGUCGUUCUGUUCCUCGGAGUCUGGGUUAUGCUGCCCUGCCAGCACGUUUCUCUCAGCAUUCAGGGUGGAAGACCGCUCUCUUGCAGGCUAGGUAGUUGGUCCAGGAGUGGAAUAGAGACUCCUUAGAGAAUAGGGACAUGCAUCAGGGACACGAUUGGGUCUGCAAGUUCACAGUGGUUGUGAUGUUCGGUAUGGUGCAGAAGUGCUGAAGAGCAUAAAUCACAGAGAUGGUGGAUUACACCAGGGGAGUGGCAUUAUGUUUUAUUCAGUGCAGGAACAAUAUGACUGGUGUGCCACCACUGCUUGACUCUAAUAUGGGAGGGGAGUGUGGGAUACAGAAAAUGAGGAAGAACAUAAAGGGAAAAUUCUGAAUCAGGAUGUUAUUUAUAAGUGAUGGCGAGAGGUACUUAAUUUUCAAAGCUUUUAUGAAUCUCCAGAGACUACAUUAAACCUUAAUGUCCUUCAAAUUGUUUUUGUUGUUGUUUUUGUUUUUUUUUUUCCUGAGGAAGAUUCACCCUGAGCUAACAUCUGUUGCCAGUCUUUCUCCUUUUCUGCUUUAAGGAAGAUUAGCUCUGAGCUAACAUCUGUGCCAAUCUUCCUCUAUUUUGUAUGUGGGUCACCACCACAGCAUGGCUAAUGAGUGGUGUAGGUCCUUGCCUGGGCUCCAAACCCGUGAAUCCGGGCCACCACAGUAGAGCGUGUCAAACUUAACCACUAUGCCACAGUGCCGGCCCCUGUUUUUGUUGUUUUUAUGUGAAGGGUGACGUACAGAAAUUGGAGCAAGGUUUCCCUCCUGCACCCUGUCAGAUACAAAAUGUAAAGGGGAGUAUCUGCCCUGGACUUGCUUUUUGUCAUUGGCUGAUGGACAGAUGCUGCGCUGCAGUCCUGAGGGAGGGGUAAGCUGUGUCAAGCAGAGAACAGAGGCGGGGUCCACAGUGGGGAUGGCCAGGAAGCAGGGCAGCGCGGCUGUGCCAGAAGCAGCUGUGCCAGAACUGACCUAGGAGCCUUCUAGUUGGAGGUGAGUGCAAAGUUGGAGGUGAAAGUGAAUGCUGGAGAAGAGGAUUUUGAGUGAUGAGUAUAAGCUGUAGGAUUCGACUCUUGGGCAGGAGUGUUCUAGUUAAGAAUCCUGACAAUGCCCCCAGGAUGAAAAGCAGCAGAAAUCGUUGUCCCUCGAGGGGAGUACGACCGUGAGUGGAUUGAAAGUCCACGUGUCCAGCUGGGAUGCUGAUAUGGGGCCAGCAGAUGGGCUCAAUGUGAGGGGAGAACAGUUUCUCAGAGGAAGGGUUCUCAAGCUCCCGGAAAGGAUAGGGGCCGUCUCCAAAAGAACCUGACAGAGGAAAUCCAUGGGACAAAGUUUGGCCCAGGUAACUCCAUUUAUGAGACUCUGGUCUCUCUCUACACUAAUCAUGCCCCUAAGAGAUCUAAAAAAGGGUUUGUUCCAAAGUUGAAGAGGAUGAUGAGUGGGAGGAAAAAGGGAACAUUUUCUGAACAUAAAUACAGUGUGACUUCAGGAAAAAAUGGGAAUGAUUAGAUUACUAAGACAUAGGAUGACUUUUUCUCACCUGGAAAACAGUCGUGCUCAUAUUUUCUACAAACCAGCCUGUGUGCCUUUUGGGAAAUGAAUGAGGAAAUGUUUACACACCAGGAGAUGUUUAGAUAACUGAAAUAGUCAAUGCAAAACUGUUUUAACCCUUUAAAGUUAUCAGUCGUACACUGGCGUCUUACUAAAACCAGCUAAUGCUUGCUUCAAAUGAGAGUUCAUUUAAAGUAGCACAAUUAUGCAGAGCUCCUGGGUUCUGUGGCGUGAUGCAUCCAUUCUGUGAUUCAGUGUCAAACCCCCAAGCUGAGGAGAGCCGUGAUAAAUGCUGACAUCUUCAACUCAGGAAGGCAGUCCUUUCUGGGACAUAGUUUCAGAAAUGAGUACAUGGUCAGAUCAUCCCUUGGCAAAUUUAGAAAUAAAACUUCCUUGGAAAGAUGAAAUUGAAAUAAUACAGCAUUUAGCAUUUACUUUGACUAUGCCCUGUAAAAUUUUAAAUCUGUUUAGUACCUUUAAAGUUUUCCCUAUAGUGAUGUAUUAUUUAUUUAUUUAUUAUUAUUAUUUUUUUUGAGGACGAUUAGCCUUGAGCUAA